UUUUUUUCUUGUCAUGUAGAAAGGACGAAGCAUUAAUUGGGUGAUACCCAAGUGAUUAUUGCUUUGGUGUGAGUAAGGAUGAUGACUGCAGUGAACCAGUCCUUGUUGGGGAUGCCGCCAAACGCUGGUGGACUGGAUGUCAAUCCUUUUAUCAUGAAUAAUGGGAUCGGAAUUGGCCAGGAGUUAAAGCUGGAGCAGCAAGUGGGAAGCGCGGGGAAAGGGGACUGUCAUCCCGUUGUGAAAGCUGGCCGCCACGAAGGGGAAAACGACGUCGGCGUAUGUUUGAGCUUACUGCUGAGAGUGAACACGAUUUCAGGCCUAUGUUUUGUUCUUUUUCUCUUGUCUACCAGUGUUUCAGAUAAGCUUCGUGACGAGAUGCUCAGUCGUGAGACUGUGCUCCAAUUUUCCGCCGGAGGCAGCUCAACACACGAUGUAGCUUCUUCUGAAGAUGCGAGGGGAGACUCAAUCGAACAGUCUGGAGUUCUGGUUGCGGGACCCGCUGGAAGACGUGAAUUGAGUCUGGUCCCGACUCUUCUCGGACAGAAUUUGGCCAAACUAAGCAAAAGUCAGCAAGAGGCAAUUGCUAAAGCAAAGAAAUAUGCGAUGGAGCAAAGCAUCAAAAUGGUGCUUAUGAAACAAACGCUAGCCCAUCAACAACAGUAUGAUAUCCCGGAAGCUGCACAAUUGGCUUUGGAACAAAUGAAUGGUGUGGUCAUUGGUGGUAGAAAUAUCAAAGUUGGAAGGCCGAGUAAUAUGCCGCAAGCGCAAUCGGUCAUAGAGGAAGUUAUUCAAGAAGCUAGAGCGUAUAAUCGGAUUUAUAUUGCAUCCGUGCACUCUGAUCUCACCGAGGAAGAAAUCAAAAGUGUUUUCGAAGCGUUCGGAAGAAUAAAAAGCUGCAAACUUGCAAUGACGACCGUACCAGGGAAGCAUAAAGGCUAUGGCUUUAUUGAAUACGAUUCAGUCCAGGGCGCAGACGAGGCUGUGUCUUCCAUGAAUCUUUUUGAUUUGGGCGGACAAUUUUUGAGGGUUGGGAAAGCGUCAUCACAAACUCUCGGGUCAGCAAAGGUAGGAGGCUUCGGGAUGCCGAUGGCACCGGGCCUCGGUGCAGGGGUUCUCGGCGCGCAUGCUGGAGCAAUGGGGCUUGGAGGAUUGGCCGGAAGCAUGCCAGGUGCAAUGGGCAUGGGAAUCGGAGCUAUGGGGAUGGGUGUAGGCGGUAUGGGCGGCUUCGGUGGAUUUGGUCGCCCUGGAGCCGGCCUGCUUCCCACGCCUCCAGGCAUGGCUGUGAUACCUCCGCCAGGAAUUGCCAUCCCAACUCCCACUGGACUCGGCGCCCCAGGCAUCGUGAUCCCUCCCGUAUCCGUUGCUACAACAUUGCCUGUGCCUGUGGCACUGCCAGUCAUCCCACCAGUCAAUCCUGCUGAGGCCAUUGCCAAAGCUCAGCAGGAAGCUAAGAUGAAGCAACAAGAGGAAAUCGCCAAGAAAUUGAUGGAGAACGAGAAUAAUGACACGAUGUCGCUGAAGCAGCAGGAGGACAUGUCGAUAAAGGGUCAGACCGCCAGGCAGCUGGUGAUGCAGCGGCUGAUGAGAACAAAGCCCGAGUCGCGGGUCGUGAUACUCCGCAACAUGGUCGGGCCAGAGGAUGUGGACGACUCGCUGCAGGACGAAAUCAGCGAGGAGUGCUCCAAAUUUGGCUCCGUUAGUCACGUCAUUAUAUAUAACGAGCGCCAGGGAGAAGAAGAAGAUGCCGAGGUCAUUGUCAAAAUUUUCGUCGAGUUCUCUGCGCCAUCGGAAGCAGAAAGUGCGAAAGCCGCGUUGAACAACAGGUACUUUGGUGGUAGACUCGUGACGGCGGAACUGUAUGAGCAGAGCCUAUUCGACGAGAACGACUUGUCUGGAUGAAGCAAACAUUUGAAUGCUACGAUUGAAUGAUUUUUUUCUGCGAUUUUUCCACGCGAUGACAAUUUCCUGUAAUUCGCUGUUUUGUUUUGUUUUUGAUUUCUCUACCGUAUGUUAACCUGCGUUGAUGGGAUUGGGAAUGCAAUGAUGAAGUUAGUGUAUCAUUUUUUCAUGAUGUAAUGAUUGCAGUCCAUUUUUGUCAUGCAAUUUAAGUGGGAUACUACGCCUGCCUGAGUUUCGCUGCACUCCUGGUGGGUCCGGCGAGUGGUUUUUUUUUUUUAUAGAAGUUUUUAUUUCCGUCUGGUGGAAAAAAAUGUUUCAACCUUGCCACUGAAGGGAAAUUGACAUGAAUUCAAAAAGAAAUUUUCAUUUUGAGAUACCUUUCGCGAUAAGUUGAGAUUUAACUUGUCCGUGUGAUUUUCUCUUCGCCAAAAAGUAUGAAAAACAUUUACUGUACUUGGAAGAUACGAUGUUUGUUCUUCGGGGGCGAAAGGCAAUAAAAGCUAAUUUCUCUCCUUUCAUGACCUGAAAGUCUGAAAAUGUA